AUGACGACAAAGGAGGGGUCAACAGUGACACUUGACUUUAUUGGCACGCAACUCAGCUGGUCCGGCUGGAUACCAACUGAGCUCCCGCACGGCCCGUCACUAGGGACAUACGCGGUCGACGGGCAGACCAUUCCAACCAGCUUCACACUAAAGGGUUUACUACCCUCGGCCUCAACUACAUUCUACAACCAACAAAAUUUCCAAACACCAGUGCUUCCUUAUGGGUCUCACGAACUAGUGGGCACAUAUGAUGGCAGUCUGUCCAUCUCCGCACCUUCCGCAUCAAGCUCAAGCUCAAGUUCCGCGCUUUCAAACUCCACAGCAUCAGACGGCACAAGAAUAUUUACCACCUCCUCCUUAAAACCAUCAACAUCCUCCUCCUCCUCUUCCUCCUCCUCCUCCCCCUCCCCCUCCUCCUCACCAUCUUUCUCCUCCCACAUCCCACUCGGCGCUAUAAUUAGCGGUAGCGUAGGCGGCCUCGUUCCCAUUAUUCUCCUCAUCAUCUGCUUCUACAAACACCGUCGCUCUCCUUCGUACAAAAAGGCAGAAGUACAACCAUUCGACGUCCCCACUGCGCCGCAGAACAAUGUUCACUUUUACUCGGAUGAAAGUCAUAAACCAGCACUACACACAACACAGCCCAGCACCCACUCGCACGACCCGCCGUAUACGAGGAAACAACAGAUGGAGGCUCUGACGAUGCAGAUGCGGAUACCGUCUCCGUCGACAGUUGAUACAAGUCCUGCUCGGGGAUCGUAUACUCAUGGAGCGAGUGGGAGCAGGUCCAGAGCGGUGUUGCAUCAGGGUAGUGGGGUUCGGCUGUCCAGGCAGGUGCAGCAGGGGGGAAUGGAGGUGCUUGUGGAUUUGCCGCCGUUAUAUACCCCUGGUUGA